AUGUCAAUGACAUUUACGCCGGAAACACAGUUGCAAGUUUAUCGUUGUAUACCUGGCCUCGAGAGCGUGGAGAUAUCUGAAGCAGGUUAUGGUGUUGAAUACGAUUACGUUAACCCGAAGCAGCUAAGGCCGUCACUGGAAACAAAAGCAGUGGAAGGCUUAUUUCUGGCUGGACAAAUUAAUGGUACCACUGGAUAUGAAGAAGCAGCUGCGCAGGGUGUAGUGGCUGGAACAAAUGCAGCAUCGAAAAGUCAAAAUAAGCAACCAAUGAUUAUUGACAGAACGGAAGGUUACAUUGGUGUUUUGAUCGAUGAUCUAACAAGUCUCGGAACAUCGGAACCCUAUCGUAUGUUUACUGCACGUGCUGAACUUCGCCUUCAUUUACGGCCUGAUAAUGCGGAUAUGCGUCUCACACAAAAGGGGCGGCAGUGGGGCGUUGUAUCCGAACAUCGCUACAAACAUUUCUCGAGGAUGCUGUCCACAUAUAAUGAUGCAGUGAAUUUGCUGAAGUCGGUCGAGCAUCCGAUGAGUUUCUGGCAGAAGCACAUACCCCAGACAAAACGCGCUCGAGCAGAUAAAGGUCCAGCCAAUCAUUGCUUUAAUAAAGUGCGUCAUAAGUUAUAUUGA